UACCGUACCGGCUUAAAACAGGGGAGAGCUGACUGGGCCUGGGAGUCGAUAGCAUAGUCAGUAGAAUGAGCCAAAUGACGCCAACGGAUUCUGUUUGGAGCCAUCUUUGAUAACUCAGUGUUUCCUCGUCAUCUUAGGCUUUCUUGUUUCUUCUUCUGAAGCAGAGUAGAAACGCUCCCUCAGUCAUGGGGUAUUGCUCUGUCAGCGACUUCUACGCCGGCAAGACCCUGAUGAUCACCGGCGCCACUGGUUUCAUCGGCAAGGUGAUGUUGGAGAAACUCCUCCGGUGCUGCCCGGAUAUAUUGAAAAUCUUCCUCCUUGUAAGACCAAAAUCAGGCAUAAAGGCGUCCGCCCGUAUUGAGGAAAUCACUUCCGGAAUAUUGUUUGAUAAAGUCCGGGAAGCGCAGCCAAACUUCCAGUCAAAACUUAUCCCCGUUGAGAGCGACCUCAUGGACUCCGACCUAGGGUUAAAAGAAGAAGACAUUAGAACACUUCAGGAGGAGACAGAGCUUGUGUUUCACAUGGCAGCCACCGUUAGAUUUGAUGAAAAGCUAUCACUUGCCCUCCACAUGAACGUACAAGCAACAAGAAAAAUACUGGAACUGAGCCGAGGCAUGAAAAAACUACUGGUAUUUCAACACGUAUCGACAGCAUAUGCUUACUGUGAUAGAACAAAGAUAGAAGAAGUUUUUUACCCUCCUCCUGUUGACCCAUACAAGAUCUUGGAUGCUGUAGGGUGGAUGUCGGAAGAUAUAGUCCAGGAAUUAACCCCCAUGCUGCUGGGUAAGAGACCAAACACAUACACCUUCACGAAGGCUCUGGCGGAGUAUGUUGUCAAAGAAGAGGGUAAAGGGUUGCCAAUUUGCAUCACAAGGCCGUCCAUUGUUGGAGCGUCGUGGAAGGAACCCUUCCCUGGAUGGAUCGAUAACUUCAACGGCCCUAGUGGACUCUUCAUUGCUGUUGGGAAAGGCUUGUUGAGGAUGAUGAUCGGCAAUGCAGAAGCCAUAGUGGAUUUUUCUCCUGUUGAUUUUGUAGUAAAUGCAAUGAUAGGUGCAACGUGGCAUACAGGUAUCUCUAAACCUGCCACCAUUCCAAUCUACAACUUGGUAACCAGUCCUACCAAUCCUCAAUUAAUAGGAGACCAACCUAAACUCGUUUCAGAACUGUACAACAGAACACCACUGGAAAAUGUCUUCAGACGGCCAAAAUGUAGCUUCACCAAAUUUUGGUUUGCCUUUGAGUAUUACAAUAUGAUUGAAGCAAAGAUUCCAGCAUUCACUAUGGACUUUGUUAGAUGGUUACAAGGCAAGAAACCCAUUAUGGUCAAGUUAAAUCACAAAAUCAAGAACAUGGUCUACACGCUGAAAUACUUCACAAACAACCAAUGGGAGUGGACCAAUGGGAACACAGCAAUCCUCUCAGCCGCUAUGAGCGAGGAAGACAGGAAGGUAUACUUCACGGAUAUAAGACCUAUUCAUUGGCCUUCAUACAUAGAGACCUUCUGCCUCGGAAUAAAGAGAUUCGCUCUCAAUGAAGAUAUGAAUGCCCUUCCAGCGGCACGCAGUCAUCUCAGAAUGUUACGCAACAUCCGAUGGACGUUCAACACGGUACUCAUCCUCAUCUUCUGCCGCAUCCUCAUCGCCCGAUCACAACUCGCCCGUAACAUCUGGGCCUUUGUCAUGAAGGUAUUUUUCGGGUUCCUCCGGUACGGUCGAGUGACGAGAACCGUUUCUAAAACCUGAUGACAUCACGCCUCUUCCUUGGGUCUUUUUUCUGUGACAUUCCAUCCGAGAUAUUUCUGUUUCAGUUUUAUUUUUUCUCAUUUCCGACAAACUUAUACAAUUCAUACAUAUUUCAAUCAUUUUACAAUUAGAGUAAAACAAUGCAUGCAAUAGAAAAUUUCAAUUAUUAAUUGUAAAUUUGAAACCAAAGUUAAUAGUACUCGUUGCAACCCCAAAAACCAAAAUAUCUAUAUUGAUAAAUAAGUACGGUUUCGCUUGAGAAGUCCACUGAGAAGCAGGCCUUGUAAAUUGUGUACCCCUCGGAUAAUAAUGACUAUAGAUAAUAACUUACAUAUGAAAA